CACAUGACUGGAUUUCCAGGAAGGUGAUUAGUGAUGCGCGGGUGUUGGAGGCUCCAGACGUAGUAACAAGGUGCCAAGAUGACCGCCGUGGCCCCCGUUGAGCACAGCACAGUACCUAGGGAGCUACAAUUUAAGGUCCUCGUUAUUGGAGAGUUUGGCGUCGGUAAGACAGCUGUGAUUCGACGCUACACAGAAGGUCACUUCAGUCCAUACUACAAGCUGACUAUUGGAGUGGAUUUUGCAGUUAAAACCUUGGACUGGGAUGCUAAAACUAAAGUCACCGUCCAGCUUUGGGACAUUGCUGGACAUGAGAGAUUUGGCCACAUGACUCGCGUAUACUACAAAUAUGCAGUAGCAGCUAUUGUUGUGUUUGAUCUCUCAAGACCCCCAACAUUUGAUGCAGUUCUCAAGUGGGUCAGUGAUAUUCGUGAAAAGGUGACUCUGGGAGAUGGCCGACCUCUUCCAGUGCUUCUGUUGGCCAACAAGUGUGACAUAGAUACAAUCAGCAUACAACCUGAGGUCAUCUCCAACUUCUGCAAGCAAUAUCAUAUUGAUGCAUGGUUCCUCACAUCAGCCAAAGAAGAUAUUAAUAUAGGUGAUGCUAUGAAGUGGCUUGUUGGUCGCAUUUUGGAAGUAAGAUCAAACUCCCAAACCACAAUACCUGUGAUCCGAACUCUGGCUCCUGAAGAUCCACCAGAGAAGCCAACAACAUACUGUUGCAGAUGAGGAAUUAAAGUGCUACUAUUUUGGUGAAGCUGCACAGGUGAAAAGAACCUGAUGUUCCCAGUGGCAUUCUGGGCCCCUCAUUUGGGUGUUUUUAAUUGCCAGUCAUUGUUGAAAGCAUUAGCAGUGUAUCCAGGGAAGUGUUAGCCUUCAUCUGGAAGUUUCAGCUGAGCUGGUGAGGAGAAAUCUUGGUCUAUGGAGAUUGAAAGAUUGGGCAGCUGACUUUUAUUAUUAGUAGUGGAGAUUGAGUUCAGGAAGCUUCCUGAUUACCUUUAUUUAUUCUCUAGUUUAUAUGAUUCAUUAAGGAAAUGCAGUACAUUGUAUGUGUUUUGGUGUAUUGUACACACUAGUCAAUAAUGACAGAUUUUUAUAUAUUUUUUAAAUACUUUAAGUACAUUGUCAGUAUUCCAUUAGUUUUAAGUUUAUAUUAAAUGAAAAUUACACUAUAUAAAGAUUUUCGUCUUGUAUUUAGUGCCUGGAUUCUAUUGUAACUGUGUUACCUAUAGAUUUUUUCAUUAUUCUUUAGUCUUGUUUUAUCUUUAUCAAGUGCCUGAUCAAAACUCAUCCGUCCAUUGUCUAGCUAUUACUGGUGGAAAUAUUUGCAGUAGCAACAUUACAGUUGCUUGUUGGUAAUAAAGCAUGUGGAGAGAGAUGUUUUAUUGAAGCAAUUUUGCACACCUAAUGAAGUGCUGCAUCACUGCUUUCUUUUUUUUCUACAUCUCUAUAUUUGUUAAAUUGUAUGGAGCCCUUGUGCUCUAUAUUAAAUUUUGAAUUUACAAAAUUUAUUGAUAUUUGUUGAAUUUGUAACCAAAUCUGAAAUAUGAAGCAUGAUACAUUGUGAUAUUGAUCAAAUUGUGAACCUUCAUAUUUUGGAAAUAAAACUUUUGAAUGAUACAUCACAAUGUUUACAAAGAGAUGUUAUAGAAAAAAAUAUAUUUUGACUGUUACAAAAAAAAUCAGCAAAAACAAAUGUUGGUUUCCAAUGAAUAACAGAGAUCUGGAAUGAACCAGAUGAGUGACUGUUGCUGACAGUUUUGUAUAUUUUACUAAGAGUGAAAAAUACAUAUCAAACUGUGUUUGCCAUUUACAAACAGAAUUUUCAAAGGUGCUAAGGUAAGCAACCAAUGCUUACAGUAGUAAAUACAAUAUGCCAAGAGCAAUCCUUUACCUCGCUUCUAGCUCUGUUUUUUUUUUUUUUUUUGGCCGAGAAAGAUAUUCUUUCUUUCAGCAAGAAAUUAUAUAAAAGCUGAGAUAUUACAUUACUUUGUAAUUCAACUAUCCUCAGAAAUUUACUACUGCCAGGUAAUGUGAUUUUUUCAAUAGCAGAUAAUUUUCAGCAUAAUACAACAAUGUAUCUUGUGUCUUACUCAAAGCAAGAAGUGUUAAUAAUAUAUCCUGUGAAACAUGAGCCUUAAACUUUAGUCUGUGGUGAAAAAUAAUGAUUGUAUAGUUUAUAUCUCAUUUGUAUGAGUAUGAGAAGAAUGUGUAUUUACUAUAGUGCAUGAUACACUGAAUAAUAGAUUCUUCUUGCAAUAUAAAUCAGGAGAAUGAAAUCAAAACAAAUUUUUUUUUAACGUUCUAAAACCUUGACAUAUUUUUAUGUUAAGAAGUGCCUUUUCUUUCUGCCUUUUGUGAAGUCUUUCAAGAAUUCUAUAAAAGAUUGUACAUUUGUAUGCAAAAGGUAUGAAAUGGUUAAGCUUCCUUUCAGAAUUUUUAAUAAAGCAUUGUAACAGUACAUUACCUGAUUUACUUUGUAUAUUAAAUGCUUCUCAGCAUUUGUAUGACAACAGAGUUAUAUUUGUAUUCAGGUCAAGUGCCAUCAGUCUUUUUAUACUGUUGAGUAUGCUCCCUUUGUUAGUAUUUUAAUAUUGCUAUGCUAACAAGGGGAAUGAGUAUUAAAGUUGCAAAAUUUGUAUAAAAAGCUGUUUGUUAAAUAACAUGCAUAUUUUUAUAUAGAGAAUCGGAUUAUUCUGUGAACUUGCUAAGAUCUUCAUUAUAGAUCCAAGCCUGUGAUAGUGCUUUUGUUUUUAUGUCAUUCAUGGUUUGCAUAUUUUUUAGACAUUAGAUGACACUUGCUUCACUUAUUGUGAAAGUUGUACUAACCCACUGAAUUCUCCAUGAAUUUAAAUAAUGAUAAUGACAGAAGUGCUUAGCUGUUAGGGAUCAUUCAGUGCUGCUCAUGAAUUUUAAGUAUGUUAACUUAAGGAUACUUAAAACCAAAAUGGGAGUAGAUUAGCUGUAAACAGUUCCUAGGGUCACUGCCCCUAUGGGCUAGUCUCAGACCAGGCCUCCUGGUUGACAACCUGAUCAGUCAGAUUGUUGGUGAUGGCCACAUGAAGUCCAGUAUAGAAACCACAGACCUGCUGGUCAGGAACUGACUUGAACUUAUCAGGCAACUGGAAUCUUUGGGAAAGAUUUUGCUUGCAUUAUCUGUUAGACAUGCAGCUUAAAAGCAUAUGUUACAUGAGAGAUGAUUUAAAUUAACUUGAGUUACAAUUUAAUGUAGGUAAAGAAGAUUUCUAAGCUAUAGUUAAGUGCUUACUUUAGCAUAACUAAUAUAGUGAUUACAUAUGUUCCCUAAUAAUGCCAUAAGCCUUCAUAAGUGUCAAGCUUUAAAAAGUACUUAAUACUUUAUCAAGGGAACAAGUGCCUACUGUAUAGCAAUGGCUUCAGAAUUAAAUGCUACUGAAGUCUUCAAAGUACCAUAGAAGGGACUGGUAUGGAUAUUGAGAGUAAGAGCUCAGUACGUAACAUAUCUGCAGUACAGGAAGUUCCUAACCUUGGUGCUAGCUCUGAUUGUUGCACCAUGUAUCAUGGAUAAGUUGUCUAAGAUUUCUAAUCCAGAUUCAUGAUUAUGUAUCCAUUAAUGGUUCUGGGAAUUGUCAAUUGUUUUUCAUUAUUUUUUUCAAUAAACUGCAAUUUAAUUUUGCAUACCAUUUUGCUGUUCGGAUCCUUGAUGCAUUGCAGUCAAGAAUUGCUAAAACACAUUCUUAAUUUUCUGUAAUUUACAUGGUAGACUAUACAAAUUAUUAAUUUUUCAAGAAAUUAAUACAAAAAAAUCAAUAAAUAUUGUAUUAUAAUAAAAGAAUUAUUGUUAGAAAUGUAUGUCACUUUAUAAAAUAUAAAUAAUUAUGAAAUAUACAAGAGUUUCUCACAAGUAGUGACAUUGUUGUGUGGUGUUAUGGUGACUGUUUACACUUAUUAACACCACAUAAAUCAAAUGGGGAGGAUGUGAAGUAAUGAAUUUUGUCCUUAAACUUACUGUAUAUAAUAAUAUUUUGCUAUAAUUUAACACAAAUUUAUAAACAAUCAUUACCAUACAUACACUGUUUUUUCCCAAAACACAUUUUGAAGUUUUUGCUCAGUUUUUACUGCAAAAUUUUGAACAGCUUAAUGAAGAUAUGCUUUAGAACAUUGUUUUGUUUAUAUACUUGCUCACCUUUCCUCACAUAUGUUCAUUUGUACUCUCAGCCCCAUCGCUUUCACUCGCCCUUUCACUUGGCAGUCCCUUCCCUCUAACUCGCCCGUCUUUUGCUUGUCUCCUUUCUCACUCGCCCUUUCUUUCUCAUGCUUGGAAUUCAAAGUAGAUUCUAGACAGUUCUCCAGUUAUUGGUUGUCAAAAGUAAUCUAUAAAGUUGGAGAGAGAGCUAGGGAUUUUCUGUGAGCUCCAGUCCCUUACUACUAUUUUUUUCCUCUGAAUUAGUGUUUUGAUGUUCAAGACUUCGCAGUUCACUGUGAUUGUAUGGAUUGUAACUUUUGUAAACAGCAAGAAUUUAUUGUAUUCUGGAACUUAACAGAUAAAAGUCAAUUCACCCAUAAUUCUUCAGAUGCAACAAAAGCAAUGGUGUUACACUUGAGACGUCAGAGAUUGGUAAACUCGCACUGCCUGGAAAAUUACUCUUCAGAUAUUGCAGGCAUUAAUAAUGGUUUAAUUCAUAUAUGUAACUGUACUUGUAACUGGAUUAGCUGAAUUGCACACUUAAUAAAACCACCAUGAUGUAUGUAAUAACAUUAUAAUAAACACUUAAAAAAAAUCAUAUAUCCCCUUCAAUAUAAAUAUUGCUCAGCAUAAUAACACACACUGUUAAACUGCACAAAUAAUUUGAGCAAUAGUUGAAUACAUGUUUAGCAAAAUUAUAUUAUGAGAAAUUUGAGUAGAUUGAGUGUUAAAUAUUUUAUAUAAAUGUUUGAUAAUGCCUUUUGUGGCUGCUGGGCAGACCACCAAACACUACCUGGUGUAGUGUGGCAAUGAAUUUUGGAUUUUUACUCUUAACACAAACUUAAAAUACUGUUUGUCAGUGUAGGUACUCAGGUACAAUAGUGUUAACUUUAAGUGUGACCAUAUCAGUGAUAAAAUGUUGCUCUAUUUUGUAGGAUUAAGGAUUACCUGUGUAGCAUUAACAGCUUUUGUCACAUUUUUAGUGUUUAGUCAAUAAAUGCUAUCAAGAGCUUAGGUAAUUCAGUGAGAACUGUAAAAGUAAAACUUUACAUUUUGAAUGUUAUCAGGGCUAAAAUAUUGAAAUAAAUCAUUCAUAGUGCACAUUCUUAAAUUUGCCAUUUAUGAUUAAUCAUGAAUAUUGGUGUAAAUAUUAAGACUGGAAGUACAGGAUGUGGUGCAUUAACCUGUAUGUAGUAAAUUGUAUUUUAAAAUCAAUAUGAAAUAUGUUUUCUACAGUAUAAUGUGCAGUAUGUUAAUAAACCAUACCACGGGUGGGGUUAAAACCCUCAAUCAGAGAGUCUCAAAACUCCAAACUGUCACAUAUAUUAAUGUUCUGCAUAUAUGUUUCUAAGAGAAUGAUAUAAAUAAUGUGGUCAUUUCUGAUAUUUGUUUCAUAAACUAAAAUUCUCUAGAGAAGCAGAUUAGUCACUAAUGACAUACAACAAACUAAAUACCUUGGACUGUUUAACUAUGAUAUGUAUUUGUGGCUUCAGUAUUUAUUUUCCCACAAAAAGUCCUUACACAUCUAAAUUGGAAGACUAAUUAUGUUGAUGAGAGUUUUAUUUUAACAUGCUAAACAAUUUUAUCUUUAAUAAAUUUAUUACAUAACCUUUGACACUGACUUCAAAAAUUUAGUACUGUGUUACUGUGCAUAUUUAAUGAGGUAUGUCUUAAUAAAUAGGAAUGCUGUAGUACCUCAGCAGUACCUGGCCAAGAGGCAAAUCAAGUUACUGGAAUGUACAUAAAUUAUAAAUGACACAACUAUAACUAUAAACCUCAAAAUUACCCUUUGUAUGUUACACUGUAUGUAUGGCUAUGUCAUUAUGUUGAGUCAUCAGUACAUGAUAUGUUGCAAAUUUUGACCUCCCUGCAAGUUGAUGCUUUGAUGCCAUUGAGGGGGCUGUAGAUCCAAGGGAAUAGGCUACUGUUCUCUUCCUCAAAUUAAACCUGAUUACUUCCCAUUCCCCAAGCACUGUUUGACCAUAUGGGUGUAACUGCUUCCCCAUGAAUAUAAUAAGUAAUGCAAGUGAUGGAGAAGUCAUCAAAAAGAGUGUGUUUACUCAUAUUUGCUAGUGUGGAGAACAACCACUUGGAUAUCCUGAUAACAUUGUACAAAUUAUGCAGGUUAACUAUGUAAGUGCACAGGGUGUAAUAACAUUUACAAACAGAUAUGUAAUUUUGUAAGCAAACAGAAGGCAGCUCUU